UAAAGCCAAAGCAAGCGGAGUUUUGUUAACUCCUGCAUUAAUUUAUACGCUUAAAAUACUCAAUAAUGUAUUCAGGAUCACCCAGAGAAAGUGCCAGAAAGAAGCGCAAAACGCAGACCACCAGGAGCUAUCGGAGGAGGGAGAAGGAAGUGCAAGCCUUGCUCAGGGAAACUGAACAGAAGGUCGAGGACCAGAAAAUUGAUUACGAGGUGCGUAGUUUGCAGUUUUUCCAUGACAACGAGAACGAAAGACAGGAGGAAGGAGACUCACCGGUGCAGGAGACGGUCGGCCUGGAAAGCGAUGAGGAUUCUGGCGGGGAUUUGGCCACUGAAUCUUCGGAGUCGCCCACUCAAACGUUUAUUCAAAUCGAUCUGCAGGAUCCGCCGCUGGUUUGGAAUCAGCUAUUCAAACAGCGACACUAUUACGACGAGAGCUUGCUCUACCGACCGACCAAUACCCUGCACUUUCAGCUACAACAGGGUGAUGUACGGCUGAAGGACUGCCAUAUUCGGAUGUUGAAUCGCUACCAGGAGCAGGCCAAGAGCUCUUCCAGUAAGCUGAGCUCCAAGUUGAUAGCCCAGCUGAGUAAAGUGAAUCCCCCCAAGUUCCUACUGGACACCACCUUGUACCGCAGCGUUUGUCACAGGGAGUUCAUAAGCGUAUUCUUUGAGCCCAUGACUCCAGAUCAGUUCCAAGGAUUGCCCAACAGGCGCUGCUUGAAAUUGACCCUGAAACAACUCAGAUUCAGCUUGCAUCCUCAAUUGAUGGAGGAGCACCGUUUGGCCCAGCAGCUGGAGGAUCUCUUCGACGUGUACACCUAUCAGAGGAGGCACAGGGUCUGCCGGAAACUAAAAGAGGAACUGGAAAUUGCCCGGCAGGUGGCCAUAAAGAUGCUCACCUCCGCUGGCAAGGAUCAAACCUCCGAGGUAAAGCGUCAAUUCAAACUAACACAGCAGCUGCGGCAACGCUACUACUCGGAGUCGACGGCCGAACGUAAUCUCCUCAAGCGCCUGUUGAAGGAGUGGGCAAAGCUGAAGGAACUCCGACGUCAGCAGCAGUUUCAGUGCACUCGUUUCCAACUGGGACUCCGCGUAGUCCAUCCACCUGACAUGCAAGCCUCCUAUACCGCCUGGAAGGAGAGCUUCGAAACGGACCUGGCAGAGGUGUAUCGGGAACAAUUGGAGGUCUUCUACACCCGACAGCGUCUGUGGACAGAGCACGUAGCCAAGAGCAGGAAGUCCGCAUCCCAAGCGAAGCCCCCUCGCAAGCCCCUGUUCGAACGGAUCAUGGCAAAUUUGCGGAAAGAGUACGAUAAAGCCUUUAAGGAUCCCGUGGAGCCAUUUGUAGAGAUCAUGCGACUACAUGCGGAUGAGGCAGCUGUCAGGACCUAUAUUCCAGGCAGCGGACUUCCCAAGGCCCGUAAUUACUUUCUCAAGAUCUUCCUUGAUGGUGAGUUCGUCGGCCAGACCAGAAGCUAUCGUCUGGAGCCAGAUUUACAGAUCACAAUUAAUGAGAGUAUGGGAGUGUUGCUGGAAAGGACGCUGCCGGAAAACCUGAAUAUUUGGCUCUAUGAAAAAUCCACGAUGACGCCCAGGAGUCGCCGCUUGGCUCAGAUGAGCACGCCCUUGUUGAUGAAGUCCAAGGAUGCUGCAGUCCAAGAGAAGCUAAGUUUUCGAACUUCAUCCUCAGCUUCCCCACAACUGGCGGGUGAUGUUUAUGUGUUCUAUGAUUACCGCUCCACUGAAGGACUGGGAGGUGAACACAACCUCGAUGAUAUUCAAAGACUUCCGGUCGCAUUGCGACAACUGAUUCCUCCAAAGCUUCGCGCCUUGCCAGAAGCUUCCAAGGAGUUGAUUGCUCCCCGACCACCUUACGGAAGGAUUAAACAGAGCAUGCUGCCACCUCUGAUCUUCCUAGAGCAGCAACUUCAAUUCUGUGACAUUGACACUAUACUGGAGGACAGGCGAUUGCACUUGCUCCGCUCGCGCCAUCAACAGCGGAAUCUGCACACCAAGCAGCUGCGCUUUGUCCCCGCCCUUGAGCAUGAGAUCACCGAGGAGGAGCCGCUGCCAGAUAGCCAUGGCCUGGGCCAAUUGCUGGAUCAAGGAACCUACUGGAAUCCCAUUGAUUUGCACAAGCAUCGCGGCCGGAAGUUUCUUAAGCUACUCUACGAGGUGAUCAGCAGUCAGAGUGCCCGAAGGGCAAAGACUCUACAGACACCCCUGCCCCUGCUUCUUCUGGCCGAGGAUUCGGAUCAUACCUCCGCCACCGGAUGGACGGCUCUUUGGCGUGCCAUCGGCUCCGUUUUCCAACAGCAACCGGAGUCCCUGACCCGAGAGCCAUCGGUUUGGUCUGGUCCCCAGCCCAUGCAUGAUCUCUACCAGCACUUUAACGUUACGCUGCAUGUGGUAAGAGCCACUGGGGUGCCUGUGCGAAGUCGCCACAUCCUGAACAUCAAUGAGCGACGCACAAGCGCCGGUGGAGAUAUGAGCACCAGUCUAUUUGUGACGCAAACUCUCAUGUACUCCAACGUCCGACCCUUUGUGACCCUAAGCUAUGGUCAGCGUUUGUGCCGGAGUCGCACCGCCGAGGGCAGCAAUCCCACCUGGAACGAGCAACUGCAGUUGCAGAUCCACAGCCAGUUCGGGGAUCUGCGCGAGGAUCUCAAGAUCACCUUGUUCGAUGAACUAAUCGAGCAGCAGUACAGCGACGAGGCAUCCGAUCUGUAUCAGCGCGUCCAGUGCAAUUGGUUGGGUGAGUUCCGGGUGCCCAUCAACACUCUCCUGAUCAGUCGAAAGUUUGAGGGCUGUAUUGAGUUGUCCAUGCCCAAGGUUUUAGUUGGCUACAAGCGCCCGCUGAUCGACUCCGUGACCAACAUGUCCACUGAUCAGUAUCAGUUUAAGGAGGCCGUACAUCUUUGGUUCUACUUGGCCAUCGAGCCAAGUAGAGGAGACCUAGUCCCGCUUCAUUCGAGUGCUCUGGCCUGUGCCGAGAUGCCGGAACUGCAGCAUUAUCUCGGGGAGAGGAAGCUGGAGCUCUUGCAACUUCUGCCGCAGCCGCAACGCUAUGUGGAACCAUUGGUGUGCACAGCCCAGGGAAAGAGGGUGUGCCUCACGAGGUUACUGGACCCCAUUCCCCUGCCACCAGCGGUGGCCAGUGGAGAGAAUCCCGUGGAGAUUUCUUGCCGCUUCGUAUCGCUACUAAGUCAGCUGCGCACCUACGAUCCCUGUCUGGGUUUUCGCGGCGUUUGGCUAGACAAUCAGACACUGCUUGACAGCACCUGGUGCUCGGUGAAGGAUCUGGGUGUCCUGCUCUGCAACUAUCUACUAGCCUUGGGUCUGGAAUGCUGGCUCAUCCUGGGCGUUGCCUGUCCGCAUGGCGAGUGCUCCUUUGUCCUCUUCCGCCAGCCAGAGACAGCCGAACUUUUCCUAGUGUCCCCAGCAUCGGGAAAGCGAUAUCAACUGCAGGAUGUCUAUUGUCCGCUGAGACGCGUCUUCUGCUUAGUGGGAAAACACAAUAUAUUCUUUAAUAUUCAAACGGAAACCCGCGUCAGCAUGACAAACUUUAACCUGCAGGACGGCUCCUACUGGUUCCCACUCUUCGGCCGACGCGUUCCUGCCCCUCAGAGUUCCGUCCAGAAGCUGGACUAUAUGUACAAGCGGAGCAACGAUCUCAGCCAGCUGCAAAAGCAUAUCGAACGGAAGAUCAUGAAGAUUAGUGCGUGGCGCACCACUAGGAAGACUGUCUGGAAUCGUGCCUUUCAGCCGCGUCUACAGGAAAUUCUCAGCGACAUGGAGAGCCUGGCCACCUUUUCCCGAGGUCGUUACGAUGAGCCCGUUUACAGCGAGCAGCUGGAACGAGAGUAUCCCAAUUACAGGCUAUACGGCUUCACCCUUAACUUUGCCUAUACCAAUUUGGCGGCGAUAUCGGAACGCAUACGGACGACCUGCAUCCAUUAUAACAAUGACGCCUCGGUUGAGUUCUGCGUGGCGGUACACCUGCAUGCUCACGUCAACGAUGUAAUCUCGGUGUGGCUGUUUUUGAUGUCCAUGGUGCCACUACUAUAGAUAUCCAAUAAAUUAUAGAGAAUCUUAGUUGUAAACAUUUGAGGAAAUUACAGAAGAUCUUUUAUAAUUUAAGCUUUUAUUUAAA